AUGUCAUCGCCUGUUCUUCUUUGGUUUACGCCCCACCGUCUCGGGGUGGUAAAGAUCCUUCUCCUGGUCCUCUGGGUCUCUGGUACUCUGGCACAAAAUUCGGAUACUGCUCUGAUAUUUAUUGGUGAUGAAAUUACCCCUGGAAUCCUCUACGCUUCCCUGCCGGAACCACGAGAUGAUACCAACUUCAUGGACACCCACUAUACCCUGAUACGUCUCCCAGACAAUACUAAAAUACACGGAAUUGACUAUGAUCCCGGGAAUGAAAUGGUGUACUGGAAUGAAUUCAGGAGGGAUAAGAUAAGUCGAAUCCAACUUGACGGCACGAACCGAGAUGUCAUUGUAUCUACGGACGGUCCUUCUUCUAUCGCCCUCGAUCUGGUGAACGGGAAGAUCUACUGGUCGAAUUAUUAUAUUGCGUCUAUCUCACGUGCCAAUCUCAACGGUAGUUUGGUAGAGGAAAUAUAUGCUUAUCCGAGCAAUUCGAAACCUCGUCAAGCUGUUAGAAUGUUGUUGGACCCCGUCAAGGGGUAUCUUGUCUGGUCAACACGCUUCGUCAAUGAAAUUGUCAAGACAACACUAAACGGCACUAACCUUAAGGUUGUGAGAAGCUUUUAUGCUCAUACCAUGGUCACUGAGGAAUGUGCUGAUGAAACAAGUGAGAUACAUACUUCAUUAUUAUUGUGUUUCACAUAAUGCCCGUUUCACAAUCACACAUCAGUAUCGAUAUAGGAAAUUUAAUAUUAUACAGUUAUUGACUGA